AACAACAAUGAAGUUUUCAAAGCAGCUAGAGUUUGCUGCAAGACUGUAAUGCAAGUUUUAGUGAAAAUAAAGGCAAAUUAUUGACCUUUUUGAAGAAAAAAAUGUAACUUAAGUUUGAACCAGCAGACAUUUUUAUUCUCUGUCUUUUUUUUUUUUUUUUACUUAUGUUUUGCUUGUGUCAUUCUUUUUCUGCACAUGGUGUUUGUGUGUUUGCUAACUCUAAUUUGGAUGACACUUGAACGAUCCCUGAAACAAGGAACUACCAAACGAGGAGGGAGUUUCAACCAAACAAGAGGGCGGGCACAUUCUUUCUAAACGUUGUGAACCUGCAUUCAUUGCCGAGUAUCUGUGAGCACCAGACGAGCUUUGUUCCUGUAGUUAGGGAAACAUGCAUAUUCUCCUAUUUUGUCUGAUGUUCUCUCUUGUCAGCCCAGUUUUCACAGACGAAGAUUAUUCACAAAUCUCAGCGUGUUGUACAUUCAAGGGUCCAGGUUUGAAAGAUAUAGAGUAUAUCCUUCUAGAUCGUUUCAACAAGAAGGUAAUGAAGGAGUUCAACAGCACAAGAGGGAACUGGACAGGCUUCACAAAAUAUUCAAUUGAAGUGGCAAAAUCUUGGAACGCAGAUCCAUAUGAUGCACUGCGGAGAGCAUUUGAAAAGAAAAUAUUGUGCACAGACAGAAAAGACUACUUGCAAGAUGUAGGUAACUUUACAGCUACACCCACCGUCAAGCUGAACUCACUAAAGCACCCGCCCGUGCUUGUGUGCAGUGCCUAUAACUUCUAUCCAAAACAAAUUCGGCUGACGUGGUUGCGCAACGGCCAGGAAGUGACCUCAGCUGUCAGUUUUUCUGAAGCGAUAUCUGACGGGGAUUGGAACUACCAGAUUCACUCCUACCUGGAGCACCAGCCGACUGCGGGGGAAAAAAUUACGUGCAUGGUGGAACACUUCACCCUCUCUAAACCAGCGCUUCAUGUCUGGGACCCCUCCCUUCCUGCUGCACAACGGAUCAAAAUAGCUGUGGGACUGUGUGGUCUGAUGAUUGGCUUUGUCGUUGUGACCUCUGGAUUCAUCUACUACAAGAGAAAGUCUGCUGCAUAUGUCACUCAAUACCAAGGACGAGUGUCGAUUCCUGUGGAACAACUCCCGGGAGCUGAUUCGACAUAGCGGUCUGAACAACCCCAGUGUUGUUGGCCUGAAUAUGACACUCAAGUAAUGUUGAGGACACUACCAAGUUUUGGUUCAGUUCUUCUCAUCAUAGUUAUUAUUGGGUUAUGGUUUGGGACUCCUUUUAUGUCACACUGAACUGACUAACCAGUGCACUGAAUUGACUUAAAUGCAUAUUUAUACUGAAUGCAACUUUGCACUGUUGUGUUUGUGUUCUAGUCAUCUUUCUAUCUGCUCCAUACAACUCUGAAACUGCAAAGGAAGGCUGUUGUUGCUGUCAAAAUCAAACUGUAACCUUGACUCUGUAUUCAAAAUGGUCAGAUUUAAUACAUCAAUGAUCAAAUUUACACUUGAUGAAAAUAAAUGA